AUGACGAUAAACUACAAUAAAGAAAUAAUGAAUUCACAUCCAUGGACAUUUUUCCUUUUACUUUUUAAAUGGAAAGGUUCAAUUUGGAAAGCGGUUUAUCUCGAAACUAUCAUAUUUUUAAUUGUUUAUGGUAUAAUUUCGGCUAUUUAUAAAACUGUUUUGGCCGAUUCAAAUCAACAAACUUUCGAGUCUCUUAUACGAUUCUUCGAUAAACGAUUGGAAUAUAUUCCAGUCGAAUUGAUUUUGGGAUUUUUUGUGACUACGGUAGUUAAUCGAUGGACGAAAUUAUAUCAGACAAUUGGAUUUAUUGAUAAGUGAGUCUUUGAUUUGAUUAGUAAUUAAUUAGUAAAUCAAUUUGAGAACUUUUUGAAGAGAAAACAAAUAUAAAAUAGGAAAUUUCGAGUGAAAGCUUUAAAAAAAUCCAAUUUUCAGCAUUGGACUUAUUGCGAAUUGCUAUGUUCGUGGAAAUUCCGAAAAAGCUAGAAUCUAUCGUCGAAAUAUGAUUCGAUAUUGUGAACUUUGUCAAAUUCUAGUAUUUCGUGAUAUAAGUAUGAGAACACGUCGAAGAUUUCCAACUUUAGAAACAUUAGUUGCAUCUGGAUUUAUGACAAAAGAAGAAUUGCAAUUAUAUAAUAGUUAUAAUACAGAGAAUAACAUUCGACUUGGCACAAAAUAUUGGAUUCCUGCCAAUUGGGCAUUGUGUAUGACAUAUCAGGCAAGAAAAGAUGGAUUCAUUGAAAGCGAUUAUUUUAAAGCACAAAUGGAAGCUGAGAUUCGAACAUGGCGAACAAAUAUUGAAUGGUUGUGUAAUUAUGAUUGGGUUCCAUUACCAUUAAUGUAUCCACAAUUGGUUUGUUUGGUUGUUAAUUUAUAUUUUAUGAUUGCUGUGAUUUCGAGACAAUUAAUCACACCAAAACACGAAAUGAGUAAUGAGGUGAGGAAUUUUUUCAAAUUUAGAUUUUCACUUUGAAGCAUAAAAAUCCAUCAAAAUUCUAAGAAAAUUAAUCUCUCAAAUUUCAGAUCGAUAUAUAUUUCCCAGUCAUGACAUUUCUUCAAUUCAUUUUCUACAUGGGUUGGGUAAAAGUCAUCGAAGUUAUGCUAAAUCCAUUUGGCGAAGAUGACGAUGAUUUCGAAACAAAUGCAUUAAUUGAUCGAAAUAUAACAAUGGGUUUAAUGAUUGCUGACAAUCCAAUGACAACUCCCGAAGUUCGAAAAGAUCAAUUUUUCGAUUCCGGCGAUGUUCAAUUAUUAUAUUCCGAAGAAUCAUCACAUAUUCCAAAUCAUCAUUAUCAUGGAUCAGCGAGUAAUGCGAAAAUUAAUGAAACUGUGAAUAAUGUUAUGAUUCCACAUUCACAAAGUGAUGCAAAUAUUCGAAGAAAUAUGUCGGUUAAAUCAAUGGAUAGUGAUAAAGAAGUCAAUUUCUUUUCAAUGUCUCACGAUGAUGCGAGAAUUAGAAAAUUCAAGGAAAUCAAUAUUGAUCAUGAUUUUAUGAAAAGAUUGGAAGAGCAUGUUGAUUUGAAAAUGCCAAAUGAUUGGAAAAUGCCUACGGAAAAUGGGAAUUUGAGAAAUGGCACACGAUUUUGA